AUGCCAUCUCCUCACCUCAAAUACCUCCAACAAUGCCUUUCCCUCGCCGAGAAAUCCCCUCCACGCCCCACAAACUUCCGCGUUGGCGCUAUCCUCCUCUCGCGACAAGAAGGCGAUCUCUAUUUCGAACAUGAUGAGGUUCUGUCCACAGGCUACACAAUGGAACUAGCCGGCAACACACACGCCGAGCAAUGCUGUCUCUCAAACUAUGCCUCUGCACACUCCGUUCCAGACGACCAAAUAGCUUCCGCGCUCCCUGAUACGCCGGGCCGCAAGCUGAUUCUCUACGUGACCAUGGAGCCGUGCGGGAAACGGCUCUCUGGGAACCUACCCUGUGUGCAACGGAUCAUUCAAACGCGAGAUGGUGGGCGAAGGGGUAUUCAGAAGGUGUACUUUGGGGUGAAGGAGCCUCAGACGUUUGUGGGGGAAUCGGAGGGGUGUAGAAUGUUGACCGAGGCGGGAAUUGAAUGGGGUGUUGUGCAAGGGAUGGAGAGAGAGAUUCUAAGUGUUGCGACGGCAGGGCAUGAGAAUUCAGAGGAGGAGGUUAAGGAGGCAUUGAAGCAUGUCGAGACGAAUCUGGAUGAUAUUAGUGAUGAGGAACAGCAGAGGCAGGACCAGAUCAAGGGGAAUCCGAAGAAAAGGAUAAUGGAGACGAGACAAUGA